CCAGCGACGUCCCCGGCUGCGGCGAUCCCGCGACCGGCAGGCGCACGCGGACAUCGCCGGCCCGCCGGGACGCGCUGGAAAGCGAAGCUUCUGCGACGUUGCGGGCGGGCGGCUCGGCCAGGCCGGGGUCCUUGCGGGUCCUCGGCGGGCCCGGGGGAGGGCCCUCUUUGUGGCUGCAGUUGGCAAGAUGGCGCCGGUGGGGGUGGAGAAGAAGCUGUUGCUGGGCCCCAACGGGCCCGCGGUGGCGGCCGCCGGAGACCUGACCAGUGAGGAGGAGGAGGGCCAGAGUCUAUGGUCUUCGAUCUUGAGCGAAGUGUCCACCCGCGCCAGAUCCAAGCUGCCGUCCGGCAAGAACAUUCUGGUGUUCGGUGAAGAUGGUUCUGGUAAAACAACUCUCAUGAGCAAACUGCAAGGAGCAGAGCACGGCAAAAAAGGAAGAGGCUUAGAGUAUCUUUACCUCAGCAUUCAUGAUGAAGACCGCGAUGAUCACACACGUUGCAACGUGUGGAUUUUAGACGGAGACCUCUACCACAAAGGCCUGCUAAAAUUUGCAGUUUCGGCUGAAUCUUUGCCGGAGACCCUGGUCAUUUUUGUUGCAGACAUGUCUAGACCUUGGACUGUAAUGGAAUCUCUCCAGAAAUGGGCUAGUGUUUUACGUGAGCAUAUCGACAAAAUGAAGAUUCCACCAGAGGAAAUGAGGAAUCUGGAGCGGAAAUUUAUGAAAGAUUUUCAAGAUUAUAUUGAGCCUGAAGAAGGUUGUCAGGGUUCACCACAGAGAAGAGGGCCUCUGACCUCCGGCUCGGACGAAGACAGUGUUGCGCUCCCUCUGGGUGACAGUGUGCUGACUCAUAACCUGGGGAUCCCGGUGCUGGUGGUGUGCACAAAGUGUGAUGCUGUGAGCAUACUGGAGAAAGAACAUGAUUACAGGGACGAGCACUUCGACUUCAUCCAGUCACACCUACGGAGAUUCUGCCUGCAGUAUGGAGCUGCCCUGAUUUACACCUCAGUGAAGGAAGAGAAAAACCUUGACUUGCUGUAUAAAUACAUUGUUCAUAAAACAUAUGGCUUCCACUUUUCCAUACCCGCCUUAGUUGUGGAAAAGGACGCAGUUUUUAUACCUGCAGGCUGGGACAAUGAGAAGAAAAUAGCUAUUUUACAUGAAAAUUUUACAACCGUGAAGCCAGAAGAUGCAUAUGAAGAUUUUAUUGUAAAGCCUCCUGUGAGAAAGCUGGUUCAUGACAAAGAGUUGGCAGCAGAGGACGAGCAGGUGUUCCUGAUGAAACAGCAGUCACUCCUUGCCAAGCAGCCUGCCACGCCCACAAGAACCUCCGAAUCCCCUGCCAGAGGACCCUCUGGUUCCCCAAGGACGCAGGGUCGGGGUGGACCAGCUAGUGUGCCAAGCGCCUCCCCAGGAACAUCAGUAAAGAAGCCAGAUCCAAAUAUCAAAAAUAACGCAGCAAGUGAAGGGGUACUGGCCAGCUUCUUCAAUAGUCUGCUGAGUAAAAAAACAGGCUCUCCUGGAAGUCCUAGUGCUGGCGGAGCGCAGAGCACAGCUAAGAAGUCAGGACAAAAGACUGUGUUGUCAAACGUUCAGGAAGAACUGGAUAGAAUGACUCGAAAGCCAGAUUCCAUGGUUACAAACUCUUCAACAGAAAAUGAAGCCUGACCCUCCUUUAGAAGUGCAUAUGUCAAAUGACCAAAUAACUAUGUAUAUUCAUCUGAUAAGACCAGGAUUUUCUGAUAUGGCACAUGCUAUCAGUUUUUUGGGGUAGGGGAGAUGAACUUUAAAAAAAAUAUAUAUAUAUAUAAUUCAUUGGCUUGUCCGAGUGUGAAACGCACCUUUAGGAAGGUUACGUGUCAGGCCCCUUGUUAGGGAUGUCCCUUGGGCUCUUGGGCUGCAGUUCUCCUGUGGGAAGCAGCCACAGCUGGGCUUCUUGUAGAGUGGAGAACGGAGGCCCAUUUGCUAUCAGGGUGAAGCAGAGGAGACUAGGAAGUCAUUGAUCAGAUGGUGGUUAGUUUGACCAGUUGUGUGUUGGCAAAUCACUUGUUCUUGGGAAGCAGAUUAAGUAGAAGAACGUCGAGGAAAGAGGAAGGUUCAGGAGGGAUGAGAGAGGUGCUGGUGGGGAAGCUGAGCGUUGAGGGAAGUGGAGGAAGAGAAGCAAGCAGCGUUAGUAAGUACAUGCAUGGUAGACAUCAAAUAGCACUGUGUAAGGCCUAACAAUUAGAAGCCUUCCCAAACUAAGCACUAACCAUAAUGGGAACUGAGCUUGUUCUGAAGGCAUCUUAACUUAGGAGAAAUGUGUUCCGUGUGGAGUGCCUGAGUAAGGUGGAGCUGACUCAGCAGUGGUGAAGGUGGUAGCUGCACAGGACCCACGUGAAGGCCAUGUGCUUUUGUCCUUCGAGAGAUGCUGGGCUCUGUGUUUAUGUCACCUGGGGCAGGCAGCUGUUGUGGGUUGUGUUCAAAGUCAGCAGAUAGAAAAGACUAUAUUUUAAGUAGCUCCUGCUUCGUGUUGUUUUUUUGUUUUGUUUUGUUUUGUUUUAACUUUUUAACUACCACAGGCUGGCCAACUAAUAGAAAAUGGGUGAUUGAUCUCUCAUUUUACCAUAUUGACAAUGUGCUAUAGAAGGUUUGGGAGAAGUAAUGUUAUUGUGGUUAACUGGCUUAUGCCAAUUCCUGCCUUAGAGUCUGUGAUAACCUUCACUGAUACAGAAAGGUUCUUUUUUUUAACUAUCCAGAUCAUUGCUCUCAGACUGACAAGUGAGUGCUUUACAUCAAAAAUGGAAGUGGUAGCCUUGUGUUUUCAUAAAGUAUAGCACUUCUUUUCUUAUGGAAGUGAGAGUUUAUGUAUCUUCCAUUUAAGGCCAUAUUCAUGGACAUCAUCAUGUCACACCACCAUCAUGAGAAUGACUUCUAUGGAUCGAAAAUAGCACUUUGAGUUUUCUAUGUAACACCGCACAUAUAAAUGCAAACACUACCAUGACUUUAAUGUAUAAAAUAUUUGUUGUCCAAACCAAGGGGAAAAACCACCGUUCACUUCCGUGGAGUUUACUUUUUUUAUAUGAAUGUUUGUUAUAUUGUGUCUCGGCAUUGUGUCCCUAAUGUCAUUACUUUACAUACAUACCAGAUUUGACUAACCACUAAUGUAGUCCUGGGCCUAAGUUAACGUCUAGUUAGAUGAUGAGGCUCCUUGACUGUCUGGAGUUGCUAUGUAAAGGUCUGAACACUGUUAAGGAGAAAGCUAAGUGCUUAUUGCCUCUCUAACAGCAAAAAGAUGUUUCUUGUGCCGGUUUUACUGUUGAAAUAUAUUUUUUUUCCUUUUUUAAUUCAGUUCUUUUGUUGUUAUUUUGGGGUUUGUUUUUGUUUUUUUAAACAUGCAUUAUGGCUUCAAACUGCCAGGUUGUCUAGAUGAUGACAGUUAACUGACUGGAGUUGGGAGGUAGUGACCUAUAGAUGCCAUGUGGCCACGCUAAAGGGAAGGUCACUCAAUCUCUAGCAGCCAGGGCAGAAUGAGUGACCUCAGAAACAAGGAAUUCUUGGAAAGAUACAUGCCUAAUAGUGGGAUGUUUAAAUUUUGAUGCAAAAUUUAAAAUACGGCAUUUGAAUGGUUAAGCACUUUUUGUGUUGAUGUCAGAUGUGCUAAAACCAACCACUGAAGUGCUGAGGACUGGUCUGGUGAAGGUUUCUUGGAGACACUGUUAUUCCUUUGACACCUGGAUGCUCCUAGUUUCAAAGGAAACUGAUGGCGUGUUACCACACCGUCAGGAGUUGCCAAAGUCUUCCAGCUUUGGGGAGCUUCAGGGUUCUUUUGGGAUUGAGGAGAUGAGGUAAUUUUUGUUAUUUUAGGAUUCUCAAGCAUUGGAACCAAAGGCCAAAUAAUAAACAGCCUUUACUUUCUAAAGUAAAAUUAAUUUUACUUGCAGAAUACACUUGUAUGGUAGACUAUAAAAGACUUUUAUGACUAUUUAUACACAUUGUAGUGUUUACCUCUGUUUGCCUCUAAAUGGAUAAUUUUAAGUAAGCCCAACCUAAAAGUUAUAGCUUAGUGAGGGCUGGGAAUUGGUCUUUCGUAAAAAUCCAACAUAUAUGCUGCUAGAUUAUUUUUUAUUUUAUUUGCACUUUUUUUUUUUUUUUUUUUUAAAUACAGGGAGGGUUUCUUUGUGUUGCCCUGGAUGUCCUGGAACUCACUCUAUAGACCAUGUUGGCCUCCAGAGAUCCACCUGCCUUUGCCUCCCAAGUUCUGGGUUUAGAGUGCUACCAUGCCCAUCUGUACCUUUAUUUUUUUUCCCCCUUGGCAUUUUAAAACCAGUAUUUAAACUGAAGAGACUGUUUUCUAACUUGAUGAAGUGGAAAGUGACUGCUCUGUACAUCAUGACCUUAACAAUGUCGAUGCUGUAAGUGAAAGUUCACUGCCGUCUCUCUGCUGAGUUCAUUGGUGUUUUUAACGGAAAACUAGGACUGCAGAUACUCUGGAACUAGCCUCAGUUUAGGGGUGGCUCUACGGGGUGCAGUAUGCAGUCAUGUGGAACCUUGCUUUCUAGUGCUGGGGGAAAUGAUGUCUAAUUACUGGCUUCAAUAAACGUGAACCCAGACUGCGAA